AUGAUGGAGAAAACCACAGUGGCAGUCAUUGGCGCUGGCCCUACAGGAAUCUCCAUGCUCAAGCAGCUACUUGAGGAUGGAUUCGAUGUUACACUAUUUGAGAGACGAGACAAAGUUGGAGGGCUUUGGGCUUAUGAUGCAGAUCAUGGAUGGACAACGGCUCUGAAAGAGACUCGUGCGAAUAUCAGCAAGUAUACUUGUGGAUUCACAGACUUUCCGAUGCCAGAUAAAUAUCCUCCUCACCUCAGUCGAGGACAGUUCCAGGAGUUCAUGCAAGACUAUGUUGAUCACUUCGACCUGACUCGAUACAUCGUAUUCAACACCAGCGUUAAGCUCGUUCAGCGCAAUGAGGAUGAUACAAAGUGGACCCUUCAGCUUGAGAGAGUAGAAACCGGAGAGACCGAAACACGAGACUUUGACAAGAUCGUCUUUUGCCAUGGAUAUCAGACAGAGAAGAAAAUGCCACAUUUUCCAGGGCAAGAGACGUAUGAGGGAGAAAUAGUGCAUUCACAGCAAUACCGAAGGUCAGUGAACUCAAACCUCAGAGACUGGUUCCGGGAGCGCAUGUUGGGACAUCAACAGCUCCCUGAGGCUUACCAAGACAAGACUGUGGUACUCCUUGGCCUCGCAACCACCACGGGCGAGAUUGCCCCUCAACUCAUCAGCACUGCUCGAAAGGUGUACGUCUCUCACCGAAGCGGCCAGAUCGUCGUGAAGCGGUACCGCAACGGACGGCCAACAGAUCUCAUCAUCUCAUGGAGACGCCGCAAUAUCAGCCAAUGGAUUGCCCGCAACUUGCCAGCUCUUCACAGAAACAUGGCAAACUGGGCAGCUUCAUUGCUCGCCUCGCGGACUGCUGGCUUCAAGAUAGACCCAGAAUGGCGUCUAAAGCCAUUUCCCAGCAUCACUCUGCGGUUGCCUGGUCUGAUCGAGGACUGUCUUCCUCACCUACAAGAUGGAAGCUUGACGAGUUUGCAUGGUAUCAAGCGAUUUAUUGGUGGAAAGUCGAUCGAAUUUGAUGAUGGUACAGUGCUGGAUGAUGUUGACAGCGUUAUCUUCACAACAGGUUACUGUGCCGACUUUUCCCUGACACCAUUCAUUGAAACCAGCACCCCUAAAGCCCAUAAUUACGGAGGCCCUCCGAUUCACCGGUUAUACAUGAACGUCUUUCCGCCCAAGUAUGCCGAUAGCUGCGCAAUGCUGUGCUACUCGGCGUUUGGGAAGAACAACGGCUUCUCAUUCAGCGACGUCAUGAGUAUGGCCAUCUCAAACGUCUGGCGGGGCGUGAGCGACUUGCCUUCAUACAAUGAGAUGGAACAAUGGGUAGACACACAUCAAGACUGGGUUGCAAAGAAUUGGUCAAUUGAGCCCCGAUUGGACGUCAGCAUGGUGAAACAGUACGAAUUUCAGCCCUGGAUGCACAAACAAGCCGGAACAGGCAUGGAGAAUCUGGGCUGGGGCUGGGCGGGAUGGAAGUUUUGGUGGAAGGAUAGAGAGAUGUACAACUUGAUGAACCACGGCGUUGAGACAGCGCACAUGUUUCGGUAUUUUGAGACAGGGAAGAGGAGGACCUGGGAGGGGGCGAGGGAUGAGAUUAUUCAUCAGAACAAGAUGGUUGAGGAGACGUUUGCAAACUCGAAGAAGGUUAGGGAGGACUAG